AUGGAGAUUGUUCACUGCAUUCCGCUCCAUCUCAGCACUUCAGUUUCGCUGAAUACUACAUUCACUGUUAUGGGCACUCCAGUCAAAGUCACCAACGCUCCUACCUUGGUGACUUCCGACUUCUUGGCUACGACCACGGUCACCUACCUUUCUCCUGUCAAUACCCAAUCGCCCUACACAGGUCCUUGCAUCACGGUCACGGCAGCACUGCCUCCCGGAUCAGAGCCUUCUACUAUUGUCAUUCCCCCUCAAAAUGGACAAACUACAGGAAUCAAGUACAUCUGCUCGCCCCUUGAGUCGAAUAUGCCGUGGUUGCCGGGCUCAGGUAAUCCAACCGGCGGCGGCAAAUCUCCAUUCACAGGAAGCCUGACGACGGUCACCGCUCCCUAUUCGGGCUCGACUAUGACGACGUUGACGAUUCCCCCUACUGGAAGUGAUCAGACAGGCACUGAGCUCAUCCUCAAGCCCACACCCAACAACGGAGAUGCCCCUUUCAACGGUCCCUGCACAACAAUAACAGUUCCUGGAUCCGGCACAGCAUUAACAACUUUGACGGUGCCUCCAUCGGGAUCUGACCGCACUGGCACUCAGAUUGUUUGUCUCCCCUCCGCUACUGGAGGUCUGAUAACCAGCACGUCGACAGGGACUCAACCUGGCCAGACUGGGUUGAUUACCCUUACCCCUGGAAAGCCCGGCGAUCCGACUACCAUCGUCACGAUUGUUCCACCUGGUGGGCGGGUAACUUCUACGUCAACAGGGACUCAACCUGGCCAGACCGGGUUGAUUACCCUUACCCCUGGCAAGCCCGGAGAUCCAACUACAAUUGUCACAAUUGUGCCUCCUCCGUCAGGAGGAUUGGUUACUUCUACGUCUACUGGCACUCAACCUGGACAGACGGGACUACUUACCCUCACCCCUGCAAAACCUGGAGAUCCAACUACAAUUGUCACAAUUGUACCUCCUCCGUCAGGAGGAUUAGUUACUUCUACAUCUACUGGCACUCAACCUGGACAGACGGGACUACUGACCCUUCCCCCUGGAAAGCCUGGCGAUCCAACCACGAUUGUUACUAUCGUACCUCCUCCGUCAGGCGGAUUAGUAACAUCUACGUCGACCGGAACCCAGCCAGGUCAAACUGGAUUGCUGACUCUGACACCUGGCAAGCCUGGAGAUCCAACUACAAUCGUUACUAUCGUACCUCCUCCCACGGGAGGAUUAGUAACAUCUACGUCGACGGGCACUCGCCCAGGUCAGACCGGAUUACUGACUCUGACGCCCGGCAAGCCUGGAGAUCCUACAACGGUCGUUACCAUUGUGCCGCCACCUAGCGGCGGGCUAGUUACCAUUACUUCAACAGGAACCCAGCCUGGACAAACUGGUCUUCUCACCCAGACGCCUGGCCGCCCUGGCGAUCCGACGACGGUCAUCACAAUUGUUCCCCCUCCUACCGGUGGACUUGUCACGAUUACUUCAACGGGAACCCAGCCUGGACAAACUGGUCUUCUCACUCAGACGCCUGGCCGCCCUGGCGAUCCGACCACGAUUGUGACCAUUGUGCCCCCUCCUACCGGUGGGUUAGUCACCUCAACCUCAACAGGAACUCAACCCGGCCAGACUGGUCUUUUAACACUAACGCCCGGUCGUCCCGGCGAUCCUACGACAGUCGUUACUAUCGUGCCACCUUCCUCAGGCGGAGUAACGACUGUCACAUCUACUGGCACUCAGACUGGCCUGACGACUCUAACACCCGGUCGACCCGGCGAUCCAACUACUGUUGUUACUUUCAUUCCAAGUCCCACUGGCGGCAUCGUCACGGUCACCUCUACAGGGUCGACUACUGGCCUCGUUACUCAGACACCCGGGCGACCCGGUGAUCCAACUACGGUCGUGACCAUUGUGACGCCUCCUGCCGGUGGGCUGACCACUGUCACAUCCACAGGCUCAACGACUGGGCUGACUACCCUGACUCCUGGAAGGCCUGGAGAUCCUACCACUAUCUUGACCUUCGUUACGCCCCCAGCUGGUGGCAUUGUCACAGUCACUUCUACAGGCUCAACCACUGGCCUUGUUACCCAGACUCCCGGACGACCUGGAGAUCCGACGACGGUCGUGACUAUUGUUCCCUCUCCUCUCGGCAGUAUCGUCACGGUUACUUCUACAAGAUCUGCCACCGGCCUCACUACUCAGACCCCUGGGCGCCCUGGUGAUCCUACCACUGUCGUAACCUUUGUUACGCCUCCUGCUGGGGGACUGACUACAAUUACCUCGACGGGAUCGCAGACUGGUCUCACGACCCUGACACCUGGAAGACCUGGAGAUCCUACUACUGUAGUGACUAUUGCGACUGGCCCUCCUCCUGUGACAGUCACCUCGACAGCCUCGACCACUGGUUUGACUACCCUCACACCCGGAAGGCCUGGAGACCCUACUACAGUCGUCACUUUCGUUACUGGUCCCCCUUACGUCACGGUCACGUCGACAGGCUCUUCAACUGGUUUGACUACGCUUACACCUGGAAGCCCUGGAGAUCCUACCACUGUUGUCACAAUCGCAACUAGCCCGCCUCCCGUUACAUUGACCUCUACUGGCACAACUACAGGCCUGACCACGGUUCCAGGAGGUCCCGGAGGCCCAGCUACAGUGAUUACGAUUGUUCCUCGGAAGGGAUUCCUGGUUACGCUCACAUCUACCGCGACCACAACUGGACUUACAACGGUUAUCCCAACCGAUCCAUUUGACGGCACUACCAGCGUAAUCACGUUCGUCACACCGCCAGCCCCGGUGACUCUUACAUCUACGGGUAGUACAACGGGGCUCACCACGAUUCCCCCUGGUCCUAGCGGAGGUCCUUCAACUGUCAUUACAUUUGCAACCUCUACAGCAAGCCCUAUCCCACCUGUGACCAUCACAUCAACGGCAUCAACCACUGGCUUGACUACUCUCACCCCCGGACCCAGCGGCGGUCCCUCAACGGUUGUGACCUAUGUGACACCCCCGGCGAGUCCUCUUUCUCCCGUGACCGUUACAUCGACGGGGUCGACCACAGGUUUGACAACUCUACCUCCUGGGCCAAGCGGUGGCCCGACCACUGUGGUCACGUUCGUCCCGCGUAUUACUGGCUUCUUGAUCACUCUCACAUCCACGGCCAGCCAGACGGGACUCACCACUAUCAUCCCGACGGAUCCAGCCGGCACUACGAGUAUUAUCACAUUCGUCACGCCCUCUGCACCUCUUACGCCCGUCACUGUGACUUCGACUGGAAGCACGACUGGAUUAACGACCCUGCCCCCGGGACCCAGCGGCGGUCCAUCUACCGUUGUCACAUUUGUCCCAUCUCUCACCGGUGGCUUGACAACGGUCACAUCGACUGGCUCGCAGACAGGCCUUACCACCAUAAUUCCAACAGACCCGGCCGGUACUACGAGCGUAAUCACUUUCGUCACGCCCAGCGCUCCCCUUACGCCAGUCACAGUCACGUCAACGGCAUCCACCACUGGCUUGACCACUCUUCCUCCUGGCCCUAGCGGCGGCCCUUCAACCGUUGUGACCUUUGUCACUUCCUCCACUCCUCUUACGCCGGUUACUGUCACGUCAACGGCGUCAACCACCGGCCUGACAACUAUCCCUCCUGGCCCCAGCGGUGGCCCUUCAACCGUCGUCACUUUUGUUCAGACUCCCACCGGCUUCAUCACAACGGUCGUAUCAACGGACACCCAGACCGGUGUGACAACUCUACCUCAAACCAACCCGACAGGCACGACUACUGUCAUCUCUUUUGUGCCUCCGGUCACUGGCGGACUUAUCACUCUUACGUCAACUGGCACGCAGACAGGCGUCACUACUCUGCCUCAAACGGAUCCUGCCGGAACAACGACCGUGAUUACCUUCGUGCCCCCGAUCACUGGCUUCCUUACAACAGUUGUUUCGACCGGCACGCAAACUGGACUGACUACAAUUACGCCAACUGAAUUGGGCGGCACAACAAGUGUCAUCACCUUUGUGACUCCCAGUCGUACCAGUAGUAGCAGCUCGACUUCGACCACGCCCACUCCUGGACCGACUUAUAGCUGCGAUGCUGGAGGCUACUUGAUUCAGGACAAAACUUUAUAUCGCUUGAAUCUUACCACUGGUGUUCAAACCACAAUAAGCACAAGCGUCGGGCCCGGUGACGCAGUCAACGCAAUUGGCUAUAACACUCUUGACAACUAUAUGUAUGGUGUUACAACGAUCAAUGGUAGAUAUCGCAUUCUCCGCAUCGCAAGCAACGGUCAGGCUGUUGCCAUUGGACAGGACCUUCCUCAGUUCUAUAACGUUGGAGAUAUAGAUACCGAUGGCCGCUUCUGGGUCAGCUCACGCGGUAGAGACUGGGCUGAGAUUGACUUGAACCCGGCGUCGUCUACCUAUGGCCAACUACUCAACAACGGAACAGCGACUCUCGCGCAAGAGAUAGCCGACUGGGUGUAUCUUCCCGCCGGAGGUGACUAUCUAUAUAGUGUCACAGGAGUUAAUGGCGAUGGCCGAAAUCAGUUGGUUCGAUGGAGCCGAACUACCCAUACGUGGACGAUUGUGAGGGUGUUGCCUGAUCUUACAACCGACAAUUCCCAAUUAUUCUUCGGCGCGCUAUACCCCUCUAGCGACUCAACCUUUUACGGUUCGGACAACAAUAGCGGCAAAAUCUACAAUUUCCGAAUCAAUAACCAGAACCCUGUAUUAGUGACUCCUGGGCCGGCCUCUGACAGCAACGACGGUGCUCGUUGCGUUUUAGCACCCAAUCCUCAGAAUCCUGUUACUUCAACUUCAACUAGCAGUUCCACGACUUCUCCGCCCGUUAGCGGUUUCCUCACAACUGUCGUCUCUACAGGAACCCAGACGGGCGUCACCACCCUGCCCCAGACCGACCCGGCCGGCACAACCACUGUCGUCUCCUUCGUGCCCCUUGUCACGGGUGCUGUGACAACGGUGGUCUCUACGGGAACUCAGACGGGCCUCACGACGCUUGCCCAGACCGACCCGGCCGGAACGACUACCGUCGUCAGCUUUGUCACCCCUUCAUCGACCUCCACGACGUCCAGCUCGACUACAACAUCUCCCACGUCUACUCUGCCCACAGGUGGCUUGACGACGAUCACCUCGACAGGCACAAGGACUGGAGCAACAACCCUACCUGCUACUGCAGGAGGCACCACCACUGUGGUCACUUAUGCUUGUACUAUUGCGACGCCCAUAGUUCAGAUUUUCGCCGAUGGACCUACCGGCACUCAAACGACCCUCACAGUACCACCAUGUGCUACAAGUGCGGUGUUUGGUGUCUAUGGAGGCAGUGCUGGAAGGAACGCUUCGUCGUUCGCCUCCGGCCGCACAAUUCUAGGAUUUAUCGCCGUAACACCAGGGCAAGUGGUCAAUCUCAUUGCUGGUGGCGUCGGUGUGGACAGCGAACGAGGUACCAGUGCUUAUGGCAAUGGAGGAAGCGGAAGCAGCUCUCUAAAUGGUUUAGGUGGAGGUGCUGCCGGAGGUGGAGCUUCAGCCUUCUACCUAGACAGUACUCUCGUGGCUGUCGGUGGCGGUGCGGGUGGCGCAGGUGGCUUCAGUUUCACUGACCCCAAUUCCAGACGCGUUACAGACUCUGGAGGGACCGGACAAGCUGAUACGGUGGGAUUAUCCCUCUACCUCACAGAUUCAUCCGGAGUUGACUAUACCGAUGCAUUUGGCGGGGCUCCAGGCACAACCACUGGCCCUGGAGCAGGAGGAGGUUACGCCGGAAACUACACCAACGCCUUGGCUGGAAAUCCCGGUAGUGGCACCAACGGCGGUGCUAGUGUCGGAUACCCAACUGGCACUCCGCGACUAAACAGUGCCAAUCAGUAUGGCGCAUCUGGCGGCGGCGGAGGCGGUUACUUUGGAGGCGGCAGCGGCGCAUCGGUGUAUUCGACUUACGGCAACGAGUUCUUCACCAUUGGAGCUGGCGGUGGUGGCGGGGCGAGCUAUUUCAACAGCAAUUUGGUGACGAGGCAGGUUAUAGGCUAUCAUUACAGUUUUAAGGGCAGUGCGGUAGUCCAAUUCCUCGCUUAG